AACUUUAGGAAAGGGCCGGCCCGGCGGACAACAACGGGCAAUUACGAAGACCAUCUCGAUCACCGCGCAGCCAGCGUAGCCGUAGUGCGGACGUGGACUGCCUGAAGAAGUACACGGAGCGUCGCGUGGAGGACCGCCGGCACACGGAGAUCGGCGACACCAACAAACUGGAUACUUCGAGGUGGAUGCCGCUACCGAAGAACCUACCCCGGGGACAGCAACCGGCGGCGGCCAAGAGACCCUCGAGGGACGAACGGCAGGAGAGCGUCGACGAAUCGGCAACGGGCGGCGCCGAGAGGUGGCCGAUUAAACCGUUCUCACCCUCGUCAUUUGAGAGUCGAUCCCCCAGGCUCGAGCCCGAGGCCGUCGGCCGACCUCAGCACGCCGGAAGGAGUCACAGCACCGACGUGACCGCCCUUAAGAGACCGGAGAAGAGCAUCACCGAGCAGCGAAGGCACACGGACUGCAGCGACCCGCGAACAAUCGCCACGAGAUGGUUACCACAAAUUAACGGCGGGAAGUUUCAACGGGAGGCGUCUCCCCUUGCGAGAAUUGGCUGCGAAAUCACAAAGGGCGCGGCUAGCCGGUGGAUGACGUUCGCCAAAACUCCGUCGCCCGGUCCUGUGCCCAGGAUAAAUCCCGAGAGGAGGGAUGCCAUAACGGAACACGACAGAAGAGACGAAGUGCCGCGCAAGGACUCGGACCCCUCCAAGUGGCAACCCCCCAGAAAGUUCUCCCCAGCGAAGAGUGAGAAGGGACGCUUGCAAAGACAAGAUGAGUUAGAUGUUGGCAGAGACCGUUCCUUGAGCUUUGUUGGCACUAACGAACGAAUAAUGAAAGACCGCUCCUUAAGUUACAUCGACACUAACGAGCACGAGAACAAACUCAGCGAACGUAUGCGAGACUUAUACGAUUUCAAGACGGAAAACGAAUGGCCGAAGAAGGCGGGUACCUCCCGGGAGAAUACUUGGAUCAGCAAAAGCAGCAGCGAGGAGGAGAGGAGCAAUUAUCGGCCGGUUCGCAGGAACAGUCAAGAUUUGGAAUUCAACGACAGAAUCGACAUCUUCAAGUCUAAGGAUCAGCAGGAGGAGGAUCACGUACGGAGGCCGAAGCGUAGUAUUCACAACGCCAGCGAGGUGUUCGUGGACGAGCGGGACGAGCGUCUGCGAAGGUUCAACGAUAAGCUGCGAUACAGCGAAGACGUCAGCGCGAGGCGGAUUCGCGGCCGCGAACGGCGCACUUAUUCGGACGAGUACGACGAGAAAGUCCGUCGGGAGUCUCGUUCGUCCCGGCAGCCGGAACUGGUGACGUUCAAGAGGGAUCGACCGGAACCACCUGCUAUUAGGAGGCUGGUGGACAAGGAGAACAAACGGAAUUCGGACGCGAGUCUGAGGCCACGCGGUUCCCAAGUCAGCUACGUGGAGAUAGACUUCACGAAGCGGGACUCGCGUACCAGCGACGCCAGCUACGCCAGCGUGAAUCUGGGCAAGAGGGGUAGCGUUGAGUGCAAAAGCACCCGCCAGAUCCCCGAUGUCCCACCGAGAAGAGCCUUCAGCCAGAGCGACGAACGACCGGCCACUCCCGUACCGCCGAUCGAAUUCAACGACGAACGAUACGUCCCCAAGAAGCUGUCAGAACCUUCGGAAAGGGACAGCACUAGAUAUAAAGUGUACUUAACAUAGGAAAUGCCUGCGAGAGCGGACAUCUCGCGACACGAACGCCGCUUUCGCAGGGUUUUAGAUUAACAUUCGAACGUUUCGAGGAGAAAGCUCGACGUGAGCGAGGAGAUAAUUGCACGAAGAGAAGCUCGGUACGAUUUUCACAAAAGUCGUAAGUGUCAAUAAUGUGGUUGUCGAAAAUGGUGUGUCGAAAAAUUAAAUUUGUUGUACAGUGUUAAUUCUGUGUUGUGGACGACGCCCGUCACUUUUAUCGAAUGAAAAAAAAGGAACGAACUUUUGAUUAUUUGUGACAAUGGGUAAGUAUAAAAUGUUAGCAAUCCGCGAUGGAGUUGUUGUCUGUGGAUAACUGUUAAGCAUUCAGGUGUUUAUUGUGUUCAUCGUAGAAUAAUGCGAUGUAUAAACGAAUGGAUGUACGAAACUCGAAUACAUUCUGUUGCAGAACCUACAAUAAAUGGCACCCGACCGGAUACGGGGAGCCCGGUACACAAAUAUAUUUGUAGCAGGUUUACAAUGAGCUACAUAACUGGAAGUUUCCAAUUCGUGUUUUUCAUGUCGGUGUUCAAAACGUAACUGCGAUAUUAAUAGUGUACAAACGAUGUAAACGCAAAAAAUAAUAAAAUAUUCUUUGAAGAA